AUGCCAGAUAACGUAAAGCAGAGCACUGGCAUCGGAGAAUUUGAGCUCGGGCCUCUAAGCUCUGAAGAUCGAUCGAAUUACGAUCCCCAGAGUGGUGUAAAACGUGCCCUUAAGGAUAGACAUAUCUCACUACUGGCUCUUGGCGGUGUCAUUGGACCUGGAUGUCUGAUUGGUGCUGGCAAUGCCCUCAGUAUUGGGGGGCCACUGGCCCUUCUGCUGGGGUUUGGAAUCAUUGGAUUGGUGUGUUUUGCCGUGAUGGAGUCUAUCGGAGAGCUUACUACGCUGUAUCCUUCCGGUGGUGGCUUCACUAGUCUCGCUCGCAAAUUUCACAGCGAUGCGCUCUCAGCGGUGUGUGGCUACGCAUAUGUGGUCGUAUUUUUUGCCGUGCUUGCCAACGAAUACAAUACUCUUUCCUCUAUCCUGCAGUUUUGGGGGCCCCAGGUGCCGACUUAUGGCUACAUUUUGAUGUUUUGGGCCUUUUUUAUGGGAUUUCAAAUGUUAGGAGUAGGUGCUUUUGGAGAGUGCGAAUAUUGGCUAGCUUGGCUCAAGAUCUUGGGACUUAUUGCCUUCUACCUCUUCUCUGUCGUGUACAUAUCAGGGGGCAUUCACGGCCAACCUGCAUUUGGCUUCCAUUACUGGAAUAGCCCUGGGGCCCUUGCUAAUGGGUUUCGGGGCAUCGCAGUAGUAUUCGUGUUUUGUUCGACGUUUUACUCUGGAACCGAGUCUGUAGCAUUGGCUGCCACAGAGAGUAGAAACCCUCGUCGGGCUGUUCCACUUGCCGUAAGGCAAACUUUCUGGAGAAUUGUCAUUGUCUACAUGGGCAUUUCAAUAUUUUACGGGGUAACAGUGCCCUAUGACGACGAGAAUCUUGGUUCCAGUUCAAAGACCUUAAAGUCACCUGUGGGAAUUGCGAUAGUUAGAGCUGGCUGGGCUAAUGGUGUACAUUUAGUCAAUGCCUUCAUCCUGGUGACAUGCAUUUCAGCUAUAAACAGCUCCUUAUAUAUUGGGAGUCGCACAAUCAGUCAUCUUGCUCAUGAGAAUUUAGCGCCCAAAGUGUUAGCAUGGACUAAUAAGCGGGGGGUACCUGUGGCCGCUCUGAUUGCCUUCAAUUGUUUGGGCCUCAUUUCUCUGAUGAAUAUCAGUGUCGGUGCUUCCAACGCUUAUGGCUAUAUUGUUAACUUGUCAGGAGUUGGAGUUUUCAUUGUCUGGGGUAUCAUCUCCUACACACACCUUCGCUUCAGAAAGGCCUGGGAUAUCCAAGGCUUUUCUUCUCACGACUUGCCAUAUAAAUCGCGACUAUAUCCUUGGAUUCCAAUAUUCAGCCUUGCUGCAAACAUAUUCCUUGGAUUGAUUCAAGGCUGGACUUCAUUGUCUCCAUUCUCUGCAGGUGAUUUUGUCGACGCCUACGUCUUAUUGCCAGUAGGCGUAGUACUAUACUUGGGGUUUGCCAUAUUCAAAACUGGCACCCUAAAGCCAGUUGAUUUAUCUACAGUCGAUUUGCAAAAAGGUCAACGGGAAAAUUUGGAUGGGGACUCCGCCGAGUAUGGGGAGAGGGGUGAAAACGUUGUUCCGAGGUCAAUUUCUAGAUUCACCAAAACCCUUUUUGGAUGA